UUUGCUGCAGCAAAAAGCUCAGCAUCGCCUAAGACCGCUGACAGACCCUCAUCUGGUUCAGAGGGCAGAAUAAACACAGAGAUGCCUCACCUCUGAUCAGCUGUGAAUCUGUGGAGUCGUUAAUUGUGUCGGGAUUCAUUUUUCAAUCAAAUGCGAAGAAACAUUUGAAAGGAUCCUGAACUUCACUGAAGAUAUUGACUUACAAGCAAUGGCAACCAAGAAGAACAGGGUAUUUUAAAAGGUGCAGACUGACCACAGAGUCCCACUGAGGAUGUCUCUGUAUGACAGAUAAGUCUCCCCCAGGGGCCAAAUGGUUCAGCACCCACAGCUGUGAUAACAUCAUGGCUUUGUGGUGUCCCUGUUGCUCCAAGCCAAACACUGACAGGACAGGGAGGCUCAACAAAUAAAAUAUCAAUAGGAACUUUUAAAAAAAUCAGUAGCUCAGCUUUUUGCUGCUAAACACUUUUUUUCAUGAGGAUUUCUUCUUUCUGUCACAGGAAAGUUUUGUAAAUUUGCAUUUCUUUCUUUAAUUGUUGUAAAGAUCAUUUGAUUUAGAUUGAAAUGUACAAAUUUCACUUUAUCUGAAAGCUGGGAGAUGGUGUCAUUCGUAAUUAAUACAUGAUCAUUGUUUAAUUCCAAAAUGUUGCUGUCAUUUCCUGCCUUAUAAUACAGACCAGUCAACAUCCUGUAAGAUAGGAGAGUCCAGAGAGGAUAUGUGCCUCUGUACUCCUCCACGAUUCAGCUCCACUUUGUUCAAACUUCCCCUCGAGCUUAAGAAGGCAGGCAGAGUUUACCCAGUAUAAAAUCUGCAUCCUGUUAUCAGAGCCGCAGCUUUUUCGUUUUCUGAGACCAUAUGGACGGUCUCCAUAAAGCUGGUCUGAGCUGUGUUUAGGGGAUUCAGCUGACUGCCUCCGGGACCAGAUGCAGUACAUGAUGAGAUCCUUGCAGGACCUGAAGCAGAUAAGCAGGCCGAGGCCACUGAGCGAACCAUGUGUUCGGUCCUUUGCUGUAUCACGGCUCUGCAAACAAAGGGCACAGCAAGAGCGACUCACUCGUCUCCGUGUUUCUGAUGCCAGUGAAGCCAGCACAUAUGACUCUGCCUGCUGCCUGGCUAGUCCCUUGGAAGAAGAGGAAGAGCAGCAGGAGCAUGAACGGUUAGCACAACACUCUCCAAGCAGUGAAAAGAGUCUGGACAUAGAUUCAGGUUACUCUGAGGCUUCUUGGCAGGAUGAAGGUGUGGUGCUGAGGAGGACCAGAAAUGUGCGAGUCUCCUCCUCGGCGUGCGUCCGCACAAACAGAGGACCCUCUGGGCGAGUUCGGCCCAAAUCAACCUCAGACGCUUGCCUUGAGCGCUGGACCUCAUUUGAGGCCAGUGACCCAGAGGACUGGACGACAUUGCUGCUGAGCCGCAGCAGGAACAGACAGCCCCUGGUUCUGGGGGACAACAGCUUUGCUGACCUAAUAAAGAACUGGAUGGACCUACCAGAGAGUCCCGAGCCAGCAGAACUAAAGCCCAGUGCGGGCCGGCGCCUUGCCAAAGACAUUUUGGUCAACAUGCGCCGCAGACUUACAGGGAUGUCAAAAAACGUGGAGGUGAGGCCAAGACCAACAGACUCCACAAGGGUCAGCAGGGCUGCAGAGGUUCCCAAACGGAUGUCCUGUCCUGUGGGACUCCAGGCUCUCAAACCUUUCUUUCACCAGUCUCACACAGGCCUUCAUCAACUGGACACUGACUUCUACCAGUUCACUGCUCUCAUGAAAACAGGCAGCCGGCAGCCCAUCAUAUGCAAUGACAUUAUUGGAUACAUUUAAGUGAGGCUGCGGACUGACCCUUUUAUUAAAACUACAGUAAGAUGAUUCUAUUUUCAUAAUUUCGUUUUGUCCACAAAUUAAUACAGCUGAAAUAAAAAUAUCUGGAACUUAA